AUGACGACAGGUGAACAAGGUAAAAAGAAAGUUUCGUACUCGAAUUUGGUGUUAGGUGCGGUCUUAAAUCUAUCGGAAGCUACAACGUUAGGGCAGCCGCUGGAGGUUAUCAAGACCACUAUGGCUGCGAAUAGAAAUGCAACCUCUGUACAGGCAAUUAAACAAAUUUGGUCAAGGGGUGGUAUUUUUGGGUUCUAUCAAGGUUUGAUUCCAUGGGCAUGGAUUGAAGCAUCCACAAAAGGUGCUGUACUAUUGUUUGUAUCUGCUGAUGUUGAGAACCGAGCAAAAGCUGGCCUUGGCUUAGGAAACUUUGCAGCAGGUAUCUUAGGUGGUAUUUCUGGUGGUGUAGUGCAAGCGUAUGCCACCAUGGGGUUCUGUACCUGUAUGAAGACUGUUGAGAUUACCAGAUCAAAAACUGCAGCUGCUGGUGUAAUUCCAAAAUCUUCAUGGGCUGUGUUCAAAGAAAUAUUUGCCAAGGACGGAAUAAGAGGUAUAAAUAAGGGUGUUAACGCUGUAGCGAUUAGGCAAAUGACAAACUGGGGUUCUCGUUUUGGAUUUUCAAGAUUAGUAGAAGAAGGAAUAAGAAAGAUAACUGGCAAAAAAAAUCCAGAAGACCAAUUAACUGCAUUAGAAAAAAUUACUGCAUCUGCUAUUGGUGGUGGUUUAAGUGCCUGGAAUCAACCAAUUGAAGUAAUUAGAGUGGAAAUGCAAUCGAAGAAAGCAGAUCCAAAUAGACCAAAAACUUUGACGGUUGCAUCGACAUUUAAGUAUAUUUAUCAAACAAAUGGUAUUAAAGGUUUAUACAGAGGUGUCACACCAAGAAUCGGUCUGGGCAUCUGGCAAACAGUAUUCAUGGUCGGGUUCGGUGAUAUGGCAAGAGAAUUUGUUGGUAAGUUUACUGGCGAUACUCCAGUAAACAAACAUUAA